CGCAGGCAGGCCCCGGUCGGACUCCGGCUCGGCCGCCCAGGAGAGCGGCUCCCUCCUGUUCCCGGCCGCCACCUCGGGCUCCUCGUCCCCUCUCGGCUGAGUUCAGGCUGCAGCCAGGGGCUGGGCCUCGGCUGUGCGGUAGGCCCCGCGAAGGGCCUGGCCUCGCCCCCCGGGGAGCGCAGGGAUCCGGCUCCCGUGUAUUGGGCGGGGGGUGCUCCCCGGCUUCCUCUUUUGCUCCCCAUCAGGGGGCUGGAGGCGGCCUCGUGGGGUGGGGGGCAGACCGUCCCCCCCUUACGUAACCUCGCUGGCAGGGGCUACCCGCGCAGGAGCUGGGCCUCCCCGGCUGCCCGUCGGCCCGUGUGAGCUGCGCCGAGAGGGAGCCUGCUCGGGAAGGGGCUUCCCGCAGCCCCCGAGCCGGGCUCCGCGCAGGCGGCUCUGAAUCGGGAGCCAGCCGACUGGCGUGGCCGAGAUAGAGGUGUUCGUUGUCGCUGUCAGCCCCGCGGGCUCUGGCCGGCCCGGGGCCGUCCCUUCUCAGCCAUCGCGGGGCGAACCGAGCUGGCCUGAAGGGACCCCGGCACGGGGCGGUUUGGGGCUUUUGCAUCUCUUUGUUGUUUUGAGUGUCGAAGACCCAAGUAGCGAGAGAAAUGUAGCCUAGAGAGAGGAGUGACAUUGUUAGAGCAGAAAGCGAAAGCUGAAAAAGUGACGGUGAGGGAUUGUAGCCAGACUCCUCAAACCUGCGUUUUUAUCAACACGUAUUUAAGUCUGUGGGAGUGGAGGAGGAUGGGCCAGCAAAAAGGUAUCUGUGUCCUUAAUGCUGUAGAUCGUGCAGGGAAGGUACUGCUACUUCAUACACUGAACUAAUAGCUGCUGGUCACUACAGCAGAAGCAUGCAGGAGUUGAAUGACCUGGCACGUGAUCCCCCAGCACAGUGUUCAGCAGGGCCUGUUGGAGAUGACAUGUUCCAUUGGCAAGCUACAAUAAUGGGACCGAAUGACAGUCCCUAUCAGGGUGGAGUAUUUUUCCUGACAAUUCACUUCCCAACAGAUUACCCUUUCAAACCACCUAAGGUUGCAUUUACAACAAGAAUCUAUCAUCCAAAUAUUAACAGUAAUGGCAGCAUUUGUCUUGAUAUUCUACGGUCACAGUGGUCCCCAGCACUAACUAUUUCAAAAGUACUUUUGUCCAUCUGUUCUCUGUUGUGUGAUCCCAAUCCAGAUGAUCCUUUAGUGCCUGAGAUUGCACGGAUCUACAAAACAGAUAGAGAAAAGUACAACAGAAUAGCUCGGGAAUGGACUCAGAAGUAUGCGAUGUAAUUAAAGAAAUUAUUGGAUAACCUCUACAAAUAAAGAUAGGGGAACUCUGAAAGAGAAAGUCCUUUUGAUUUCCAUUUGACUGCUUUCUAUGAGCCCACGCCUCAUCUUCCCCUGUGCACAUGUUUACCUGAUACAGCAGUGCUGCGUGUUGUACAUACUUGGAACAACAAAAUAGAAAUACUGUAUUUCCCGUACCAACAUUGACUCCUAGCAAAGAAGUGUGUGUGUGAAAAGCCAGUUCUUCAGUCAUAACUUAGUUGUGAGCCUAAAAGCAUUCCUUAAUGAUUUAAAUUGGGUAAUAAAAUGAGGGGGGAGGAGUGGUGGGUUUCAUCGUUUUUUCUGGAGACAGUUCACUGACUUGUGGGAGGAUUUUUUUAAAUGGAAUCCUUUUAAACUCAUAACAGUUAUGGAAAACCAAGGUGAAGAACUCAAAGCUGUUUCUGUAUUCAUUUUAUUCUGAAGGAUCUACAUCUUAGGUAAAAAUUACGACCAACAAGAUUAACCUGUACCCACAUCCUGUAUUUAAGGUCUAAGUUUAAAUGGUCAACAUUUAAAUGGAUUGGAGCUAUUAGUGCAUCAAGUGAUGUUGAUUUAUUUCAACUCUUCUCUCCCCUCCCUCAUACUUUUUUGGUUUGUAUGUGGUUUCUCAGUUAAUACAUAGCUAAUAGCUCUUAUUUUUCUUAAGUUUUUUUAACUGCUUAGGUCUUUCUGGAUGUAAGGGUAAAAAUUCAUUUGACAGAAAACUCGUGUAUAUUUAAAGACCCAACUGCUCCCCUGGGGCUUGUACGUUCAAGAAUGAUUAAUCUGUGUAAUAAACUGAUUACUACAGUCAUUACAUAUAACUUUGUGUGAAUAGGCUUUUAAUUUUAAAACCAGUUUGUUACAGGCUAAAAUUAAUGGUGGCUUGUCCUUAAAUGUCUGCAUUCACAAACAGUUGCAUUUCAGAAUCAUGGAGCAAUUCAGUUUGCAUCAGAAAAGGCUAUUUGCCUGAACAAGACCAACGUAAGGUUAAAGCACUUACAUGAACUCCAGAGAUGUAGUGUGCCAGCAACUUGACUGUUAAACCAAAAAAGCAGUUUACUUAAUGAAGAUCUGAGCAACAUUUUACAAAACCUAAUGGUAUUAUUCCCACUUGCAUGGGACUUAACACAAUGCAUAUGUAGGUAAGUGAAACCUUAUGUAACUAAAAGUAAUGGAUGUAAAAGGGUAAAAAUGAUCACACAUCAGCACAAACUUUCAUAAAAUGUAGCUUUUACAUGCUUACUUUGCACUAAACAUUUGCAAAUGUUCAUAUGGUUUUAAAUUGUACUUGUAUGUGUCUUUUAUUUGAACAAAGUCUUCACUUGAAUUUAGUGAAAAUGUAGUUUGAAAUUUUACUUUGUAAACAAGUGUAUUUGCCAGCAACAUUCAUGUGAAGUAGGUGAGUCUGCAAUUUUAUCUCCUUUAGUAUAAUUGUAAACCAAGCCAUCAAAAUGAAGGAGAGGCUAUAGUCUCCAGCCACAGGGGUCUGUCCCAUCCAUUUUCAAAUGCAUCUUUACGCACUUGCACAAAUGAGGAAUAAAUGUCCACUGCGUUUGGUCUAAA